AUGUUAUUUAUUUUGUUAGAUAUUCCCUCUUCAUUUUUGCUUAAUUUCCAACCACCAACAAACUCAUCCAGUGUUGUUGACACUUCCUCUUUAAAUUUAAAAUCUUCACCUCCUUCUACAAAACAAAAACAAUUUCCAAAUUCAGAAGCUUCUUUUAUCCAACAAACACAAAAUAAUAUUGAAUGUCAAUGCAACAGUUUAAAUAAAACAGAGCAACGAGUAGAUUUGGCCAAAGUUAAAAAUAAUUAUUUCUCUUCAUUUGCUGACCAAUCCUCUUCUAUCAACAAUCAUUCAACAAUUAAUAUUUCCUCUCCUUGUUCCUCAUCUUUUGUAGCAAAUAUCAGCAAUAGUAGAGGUGGUGGUUGUUCUCAUUUGGUUGGAGACAAUUUAUUAGUUAAUAAAGUCAAACUGCCUUCCUCGGGUACAAUAGCUAUUGCCGAGGGGGCUGUCAGCAUUGGACAUGAGCCUUCUUCGGCAAAUGUUCAAUUACCAGCAACUUCUUCCUCUACAGCCUCUUCUGCCUCUUCCUCGUCCACACAAGGUUUAAAAGUCAGUUUGGGAACUAAAGGACAUCGACCAGAUGAUGCAACUAGAAUUUUUACCUCAAAACUCACCCCUUUUGAAAGUACAGAAAUUUACAAUUAUCAACGGAAACGUCAAUGCGUGGUUGGGGGCUCUAAUAAUAAUAAUUUUGAUGACGAAAAUGGAUCUUAUGUUUUGGUUUUACACGAUCAUAUUGCUUAUAGAUAUGAAAUUUUAAAAAUUAUUGGAAAAGGAAGUUUUGGGCAGGUUAUUAAAGCUUUUGAUCACAAAUAUCAACAAUAUGUUGCUUUAAAAAUUGUUAGAAAUGAGAAACGUUUUCAUCGACAAGCAGAAGAAGAAGUUCGAAUUUUGGAUCAUUUAAAGAAACAAGAUGUUGAUGGUGUAUUUAAUGUUAUUCACAUGUUGGAUCAUUUUACUUUUCGAAAUCACAAAUGUAUUACUUUUGAAUGUCUCAGUAUUAAUCUUUACGAAUUAAUAAAGAAAAAUAAAUUUCAAGGAUUUAGUUUGGCUCUUGUUCGUAAAUUUGCCCAUUCAAUUCUUCAAUGUUUAGAAUUAUUGCAUUUAAAUCGUUUAAUUCAUUGUGACUUGAAACCAGAAAAUGUUUUGUUAAAAACUCCAAAUCGUUCCUCAAUAAAAGUUAUCGACUUUGGGUCUUCUUGUUUUGACGAUCAACGGAUAUAUUCUUAUAUUCAAUCGAGAUUUUAUCGGGCGCCGGAAGUUAUUCUCGGUGCAAAAUAUGGAAUGCCAAUCGAUAUGUGGUCGCUUGGAUGUAUUUUGGCUGAGUUACUUACCGGCUAUCCCCUCUUGCCAGGGGAGGAUGAAGGAGACCAAUUAGCCCUCAUAAUUGAACUAUUGGGAAUGCCUAGUUCCAAACUUUUGGAGGGUGGAAAAAGAACAAAAAACUUUUUUACUUCCAAAGGCCAUCCUCGUUAUUGUCAAGUAACACAAUUAAUGGAUGGAACUACUGUUUUAACUGGUGGGAGAUCUAAAAGAGGAAAAUUAAGAGGCCCUCCAGCAUCUAGAUCAAUGCAAAAUGCUUUAAAGAAUCAAGCAGAUGAACUUUUUUUGGAUUUUUUAAAGCAUUGUUUGGAUUGGGAUCCAGAUGCACGUUUAACACCGAUGCAAGCGCUCAAACAUCCUUGGUUACGUAGAAGGCUACCAAGAGCUCCAUUGGGUGGAAAUGGUGGGGGAAUUAUUUCUGGUAAUGGAAAUGGUUUAGAUAAUUCAUUAACUAUAAGUUCUGGAAUUUUAAAAUAAAUUUUGGGUAAUUAAUUAAUUACACUUGUCUGUAUUGAUUUUUGUUAUUUAAAAAUGUUUGAUUUUCUUUUUGUUUUUAAGGCAAUUUUAUCUAUUAAUAUAUUUUAUCUACUAUUAAAUUUUCUUCUUUUUUCUGCAAAAAGAUUUAUGCAAAAACUUAUCAAAAAUAAUUUUGUCGGGCAUUUCUUUUGUUUCCCCCCCUAUUUUAAAUUUUUGUUUUAUUUUUAUAUAUUUGUAUUUUUGCUUUUUGAAAGAUUUUUAAAUACGGGUUACUUAAGAAUAUGUCAUUUGAAAAAUUUCGGCAGGUUGGUUAAGAUGUUAUCAAAUGUCAGUAAUUGUCAAAUAACCCAGACAAUAUUCAGAGUGGCCCGUGUCGUAAAAUUUUUCUGCAUUUUUAAUACAUAUUCAGAUUUUCGAUUGUGCGGGUUGGGAUACGAAUGGAAUAUUAAAAUUUUUUUAAAUGGUUGCGACCUGAUCUGCCGCUGCCCAGUUGUCGCAGGGAAUAGUAGUUUUAAGUAUAAAUCAGAAUUAUACCCUACUGUAACCAACCAAAUCGAAAAAUUUUUG